UUGAAGUGGUUUGUGUCCGGUUGGAGCGGGUGGAGUUUGACACAGUGAGGGUCCGAAGUUAGUGAAUAUAAUACAAUAUAUAAAACGCGUAAGUUCUAGGGUCUUUGACUCUUUCUUUUUUAUACCAACAAGCACCACCGCCUCCAGUGUGUGAUAUCGUCAUCGUGAAAUGGCUAUGAGAUCGGUUGUGAAUCGUGGAUCUGUGUCUCGUUUCAUGGACUCAACAAAUCGAGGGGCUUUCACUCGCUUCUUCAGCGACAAGGGUCGCGUUCUGAGCGAGGAGGAACAGGCCAAAGAGAACGUCUACAUCCAGAAAUGGGAGAGGGAGAGGUUGGAGAAGCAGAAGCAACAGUCUGAGAAGACCAAGGCCGACAAGGACAAAGAUCCUGCUCAUAAGAAACCUGAAGGUACUCAAAAAGACUGAGCUUAUCCUUCGCAUCACCAAGCUGCAAGGUCACUUCGUGGGAAAUAAUCAUGGUGAAUAAUAAAACACAUUGACCCUCAGUGAACUUUGGUCUUUGUAUAGGUGUUCUUUCUUGUUUAUUGUAGUUUCUUCAAUGGUGACUGAUGAAACCAUGUCGUUACUUCCACCGAACUUGGUACUUCUGUUAUGAUGUAAUCCUUUCCAGUAAUUUUUCACUUUUAUGAGCUGUCAGUGUCAAAACUAAUAUGUUUUGAUUAAGGAAAAAUGGGAAAGUUAAUAUAAGUUUAUGUAAAUUAUAAAUGCUUAAAAGGCACUGAAUGCA